AUGAUCGAAAUUCUCACUUGUCAAUUUAACCAUGUUCAUUGCUUUUUUAGUGAUUCCAAUGGAAAUUUUCAUCCAAUAAAUAAUGGUCACCUUGAAAUUCAAAAUCCUUCAUUAGAUUCCUUUACUAUAUUUGCCACAAUCGAUGGAGCCUUUGCUAUAAUGAUUAGUCGUACAAAUUUUUUAAAUCAACCUCUUGAUGAAUCAAUUGAUCCGGUCAGACCAACAUUUGGUCUUUAUCUAACUUUCAUUAAUCCCGAUAAACUGUUGAUGGACCUUUCUUGCUUUAUCAAUCCGGAUGAAGGAUAUAAAUUGAUUCGAAUAAAAUUCCAGAAUUCAGGUUCUGUUGUUGGCAUCGAUAAAUUUUCUGAUCUUGAAAUGUAUAAAGAUUUAAGAGAAACUACGGUAUUUAGAAAUUUGUUUUAUGGAGAGUUCUUCAUACACUUUUUCAAUGAUUCGGAAGAUACUCUUUAUAAAAUAUUUCAAUCUAUCAUUCUUGAUGACGAAAGAAAUUAUUAUAGCACUUUGGAGCUUCCAAAUAAUUUAAAAAUUUCUAAUCUUGCGAUGGGAGAUUUACGAAACAACACUUUUGUUAUCGCUUACCAAGUUGAUGAAUUUACUUGGAAAGUCUAUUCAGAAGAUUUACCAAGGUUCUUUGAUGAUAAUGGUUACAAUAACAGAAAUGUUAAUACCACAAAUCCAUUAAUUAAUUCAAAGAUACCAUUAUCAACGAUUAGUAUUAACGUUACAUAUAACUUUCCGAUAAUAAUAUCAACGAAUAACAUCUUUAUUUAUCAAGAUGAUAGUGGCGGAAAACCUAUAUUGCGACAAUCGAUUACAGGAAACGCUCCAACAUCAUUUGUUUAUAGUGCGGAUAAUCAAUCAUUCAUCUUAAAUGUUUUAGAGAGCACAUUCAAUCAACCGAAUGGGAAUUAUUACAUUGUAAUUGACGAUAAUGCUGUAAAAGAUUUUAAAACGGAUCAACCUUUAAUGGGUAUUCAAACUCAUACUUGGAAGUUUAAUACCACUGAUGAUUAUCAAGAAGUUUUUGCGG